AUGGCUGUCUCGUUCCGCUGGAGACCCUCGCCGCGAGCCACCAAAGCUCUCCUCAUCUCGGCUUUUGCAAUCCUUUCGCUAUGCACACUCUGGACACUUUGGUAUCAUGUCUCUUCGACGUUCUCAGCAGUAAGCACACCAAUUGGUCUACAUGACAGUGAGGGAAAGCUUUCGGAUGAGCAACGCGAGCGUCCGAGUCCUUCCGGUCCCGAGACAGUCCCCGAGAAGGGGCCGCCACGGCAACACAGAUACGCCUUUGCGACGAUUUUGACAGGGGAAGACGCAACUGAAACGGAUAUCAAAGACCCUUACUUUACCGCGGUACGCCUACUCGCAUAUCAACUGCUCCGCAGCCCGCACACGAAAAGCAGUUCGGAUAUACCCUUUCUAGUGCUGGUCACCGAAGAGGUUCCUCAACAGCAACGUGAUAUACUUAGUCGUGAUGGUGCUAUUGUCGUGCCAGUGGAAGGGUUCUCCCGCGACUGGAUCCACCCAAAGUGGGAGCGAUGGAAGAGCGUGCUCGCCAAACUGAACCUCUGGAAGCUUACGGAAUAUGAGAAGAUUACAUUCCUGGACGCGGACUCGGUCAUCUUCGAACCAAUCGAUGGGAUAUUUACCGAGCGAGCCACAAUGACACAGAUCACCAGGCCCUCAUCGGCGGCUCUCAAUACGCCGGGUCCAGUACCCGACAGCUAUAUGAUGGCUGGAAUGCACGAUCGCUGGGUGGAGGUCGCCUUACCCCCCGUUCCUGGGAGUGAGUUCUAUGCCAAGGACAAUUAUAUGAACGCCGGUUUCUUCGUCCUUGCACCCUCCGAGGCAAUGUUCAAGUACUAUUCGUUCCUGCUCGACCAGCCCGGUUUAUUUGACCCAGCCUACCCCGAACAGAAUCUUUUGAAUUAUGCACAUCGAGUUGAUGGACAGAUGCCGUGGCAGGACAUUGGUCCCCUUUGGAGUCAAAAGGGCAGUAGCUUUGAGCAUUACGAUCCAAGAUUGAAAUCCCUCCAUCAGAAAUGGUGGAAGACUAGCUAUGACCAAACAUUUGACGAGCGAAUUGCCAAUGCCAUGGCCGAGCUGAAGGAUUAUCUGGGGAAACAAGAGGAAGACACAGUGCAGCCUCGCUCGCCCUGA